CUGCCCUUUGGGGUGUCUUCUAUCGUCCGAUUCUCGUUUGACCGAUAGCGGGUCAGGUUGAGCCUUUUCUUCUCGGCGCUUCUCCGUCGGAGAAGGGAUUCGUGAUCGGAGAGGGGAAUACAAGAGCAGGACGGUUCUUUAGUGAUCCGAGGAUGAUAAGUCAUUCAAUUCGCUCUUCUCCUAUUACUCCUUCUUUUCAUCUGCAUAUAUCCCCUCGCGUUGUCUCUUUUUCUUCCUCGUCUACGAAAAAUUUCAGCCUCACUAUCUGCACCAUUAUCGUCAUAUCUAACCCUUAAAGCACCUCCUAGUACUAGCAUACUUAUCACUAAGCGAACAACCUCCUUCCAUCAUGGCAUCAAAAGACCAACCCAACUUCCUCAUCCUCGGCGCCGGCGUCAUCGGCCUCACCACCGCCCUCACCCUCCGCGCCGCCUACCCCACCUCCCACAUCACCAUCGUAGCAAAGCACUUCCCGGGCGACCGCUCCAUCGAGUACACGUCUCCCUGGGCCGGCGCCAACUGGUCGUCCAUGGUGCACGAUAACGGACCCUUGGAGCACUACGAUCGCGUGACGUUUAAGAAGUUUGCGCAGAUGGUAGAUGUGGAGGGGAAGGGGGAGGAGGUGGGGAUUGGGCGGAUGGGGAUGUGGGGUGUUUUCGAUGGGAAGAUUGAGGAGGUGGGUGUUCUUACGGAGGAGACGGGUAGGAUUUGGUACGAGGAGUUGGUUGGGGGGCUGGAAGAGCUGAGUAAAGAGGAAUUGCCGGAGGGAGCGGUGUUUGGGCUGGAUUUUAAGAGUACGUUUCGGAUUAAUACGCAGGUUUAUCUGAAUUGGCUGCAAGCCCAAGCCCUCAGCUCACACAUCGCCCUCAUCCGGCGCCACUACCCCUCGCUCAUCUCCCUCCUAUCCGACUUCCCCAGCACCACCCUCCUCGUCAACUGCUCCGCGCUCGGCUCCCUCUCCCUCAUGGACGUCCGCGACACCAACCUGUACCCGACGCGCGGCCAAACGGUCCUCAUCGCCGAGCCCAAAACGCCCAUUCCGCGCAUGUACUUCCGCAGCCCGAAGCGAAUCGACCCGGAGACGACGUAUGUGUUUCCGCGGCCGAACGGCGGGGGCGUUAUCCUUGGCGGGAGUCGGCAGGACGGCAAUUGGAGUGCCGAGGUGGAUGUGCAGCUGGCGGCGGAUAUUAUGAGGAGGUGCUGUGAGUUGUGCCCGGAGCUGGGGAGGCCUGAGGAUCUGCAGGUAAUUAGCCACAAUGUAGGACUACGGCCUUCUCGCAAGGGUGGGCCGAGGAUCGAGCUGGAGAAGUGGAGCAAUGGCGUGCCUGUUGUGCAUAAUUAUGGGCAUGCUGGGGCUGGGUAUCAGUCUUCUUGGGGCACGGCUGAACGGGCACUGGAGCUGGUGCGGAAGGCGUUGGGAACGAGCUCGAAGCUUUAGCACCCGCAAACAGGCCAUUGAGCUUGAGGGCAAUGAUACGAGAGGUACGUAAGUGUAACGCUUGCACCGGAAUCUAUUGAACGGAAGUCAAUAUUGAUUUAUUAUUCUCUGUAA